ACGAGUACAAAGGGCCCAGCUAAAGAAAUUCUCGAACUUUGACAAUCUCACUUCUUCCCCUCCUUGCCUGAGAUUCUUUCUUUCUCGUCCCUCAGAAUCUACCCUAAUUUCGCCAUCAUGUCGACCACGUUCAUCGAAUAUUCCGAUGAGAAGUCGCCCCAGGUUGAUGUUCUCCCUGUUCCAGUCAUUGCUACCCAGGAGAAGAAACGACCCAGCUUUUUUCAUCGCCUUCUCAAGGUAGCCAUUGUCCUCUUUGGCUCUCUGUUCAUCCUUGACCUACUCAACCAUGGUCCAGCCUUUGGUAGGUUCAAACAUGGCUGUCACGGCUUCAUCGACUCUGUGAGUAUGGGCGACGAUGGUCAUCAGCACCCCAUUCCACCAAUCGACAACUGGAAACCAUUCGAAGGAACCACCCACUUCGAGUUCGACCCUAAAGCCGCCUCUGGCCUCACUGUCCGUGGCUCCAAGGCGUUCGGCAAGGUCGUUUUCGAAACAUCCAAACUGUCCGAGAAAGUGCGAAUUGAUCUCGACAUCAAGACCAACAAGCGAGACAAGCACGGCGAGAUCAGCGUCGAGGAAGACAAUGGUCGUCUGACCAUCCACACCCCGGAUACCGGCAAACUCAUGACCUAUGCAUCGGCCAAGAUCCAGAUUCCCUCCAACAUCAUCGGCACUUUUGGCAUGCCGCAUUUCGACGUCGACCUUCCCCGCCACAUGGUCGACUACAGUGAACUACCGGAGUCUUUGGAGAUUGGAGAUUUCGCAAUCAGGGUCGCAAAGGGUUUCGUCAAGACCGGUCGAGUUCACACCAACAGAACCGCCAUCGCGAUCGCCAACGGCGCUCUCCGAGGUUCACUGACUCACGGUCGUGAACAUACCGAGGUCGACGUGGCCAGGGGCAACGCCACGAUCGACAUCCCAGCCAUCAGCUCGGGCAACGAAGGGUCGACGCACAUCCAUCUCGGAAACGGACACUUGAACGGCACCCUGUCCGUCUACAAUUCCACCGCGAUCGACGUGGCGAGGGGUUCGAUCUGGAUCAACGUCGACUUCAAAGACGCCGAACCGCGCGCUCAAUUCUCGACCCGCAUCGCCUCGGGCCCCUCACGCGUGUAUGUGAAUUCCAUCGCCGCGGAACGUCUGUUCCGUUCGGACCACAACACCAUCGCGGGUGACCAGUUGAUUACGUAUCCUGCCAACUUCCAGGGCACCAUCGACGCUCGCGGCAUCGCUGGUGACAUCAAGAUGACCGGUGACGAGCUCGAUGUGGAAAAGGUCAUUGGAGGAGUCGUGGGCAAGAAGGGUGACCCCAACAGAAAUUACAUGAGUGUCAAGACUGUCAAGGGGGCUUUGGACAUUCUUGUCGGUGACGAGUGAUUGAUAAUUCUUCAGACGGCCAGGGGCUAGGCUUUGUCCUACCAGUAGUAACCCAGUGCUAGUCAAAAAGUGACCACCCCAGAAAAGGAGAACUUUGUAUGGAUUAUUACCAUUCGUAAUGAUGAGUAUUGCUGUAUAAUACCACAAAUAAAGUUUCUACAUAAUCUGUACCAGUCUUUCUCUUUAAUAUUGGAAUGGGAGCUCCCCGGUUCUGGGUGAUGACGGAACUCGCCUAACAAAAGGAGUAUUGGUUAGACUCGUUUAUUCUUCAUUCAUGAUGUAUAUCAUAUUGGUUUACUCAGUCGUGCCAUUUUGUAACUCAGUUCUUUCGAGGAUGCCUCGAAACCUCGAGACUAAAAGCUAGCCUUACCUCUCUACCUUUGUUUCAAUCACCUUUACCUUGUUCAUGC